AAACAGCCCUUCGGCCAUCUUCUUCACUGCUCUGUAUCUCUCUCUCUCUCUCUCUAUCUAUGGGAAGAGCUCCUUGCUGUGAUAAAGCAAACGUGAAGAGGGGACCAUGGUCUCCUGAGGAAGACGAAGCUCUCAGAAGCUACAUCCAGAAUCAUGGCUCAGGAGGCAACUGGAUUGCUCUUCCCAAGAAAGCUGGCUUAAAGCGCUGUGGUAAGAGUUGUCGGCUUAGAUGGCUUAAUUACCUUAGGCCAAACAUUAAGCAUGGAUGCUUCACCAAGGAAGAAGACGAUCUGAUUUUCACUCUGUACAGUAAGAUAGGAAGCAGGUGGUCUGUGAUUGCUUCCAAGCUUCAUGGAAGAACAGAUAAUGAUGUGAAAAAUCACUGGAAUACUAAGUUAAAGAAAAGGUUGAUGGAAGCUCAAGCAAUAAUGUCUGAUGGUCAUUAUGGAUCUUCUGCACCUCCAUUGAUGGAUUCGCAACCGCUUAUCAACUGUGUGCCGGUUUUGUCGACCGAUGAGAUCAAAUCGGAGAGCUUCAAUGGCAGCUUGGAACAGUCGUUGGAUCUCAGAUUUCCAAGACAGAAUCCUAACCAUUUGGAAUUAGAUUUUGGAUCCAUUACUGAUCUUCUUCUCUGUAGUUCCAGUUAUGAGGAGACGGUUGAUACCAUUUGGGCUGAUGCUUUUGAAGAAUUCAAGCUAAGGGAGCUUUCUCAGAGUGUCACAUAUUUGUAUUAGAUCUGAAUGUGAUUUUUUACUUUAUAGAUCAUAUUG